AUGAGUUGCCAGGCCUUUUCUAAAAAUAUUGGUCCAGCUCUGAUUGCAUGGUUUCUCCUUAUAUUUCUUACUGCCUUAUACUUGUCAUUUAUUUGUUGGGAUUUUAGCAAAGAAACUAGUUAUGCAUUUACUGUAUGUCAUUCCUUGCUCUUUUUCUUCGUGGUCUCCGCAUUUGGCAAGGCAACCUUUAUGGACCCUGGUUAUUAUUCCAUGGGGGUUCCCGGUGAAAAGGUGACUACAAUUGAGAAGGGUUCGCCUCGUACUGUAAUGUAUAAAUCUGUUGACAUUAAUGGAGUUUCCACCCGCCUUAAGUGGUGUGUCACUUGUGAAUUCUAUAGACCUCCUCGUUGCUCUCACUGCUCUAUUUGCAAACAUUGUAUUGAUACAUUUGAUCAUCAUUGUCCUUGGUUGAACAAUUGUAUUGGAAGAAGGAACUACCGGUAUUUUUUCUCGUUCCUGCUUACAUUAACUCUCCAUAUGAUUAUCGUUUUUGGCGUUUCCAUGACUUAUGUUCUGAUGCGUACAAAUCAACUCUCUCACUACAAAGUCAUUAUUGCUAUUGGUGUGUUAAUUUUGGUAGGCCUAUUGCUGCUUCCUGUGCUAGGUCUGACAGGAUUUCACAUAUUUUUGGUGAGCAAAGGACGAACUACAAAUGAACAAGUCACUUCAAAAUACGAUCUUGACAUGAACCCUUAUGAUCGCGGCCUGUGCAAGAACUGGCUACACAUUUUUUGUUCCUCUCAACCACCUAUAUUGAAUCGACCAAAUGCAUCAGAAGUGGAUAUGUGGGAGUUGUAUAAUGGUAAAUCGACCAAAUAUCUGCAGUCUUCGAAUUUACUCUCUGGUUUCAACAAUUCCAAAUUUCUUGAUACCUUUAAAUCAUCCUAUAAAAACCCGGCUGAUAUUAUUAAUCAAGAAGUUUGUGAAAAGGCGGAUUUCGAGAAUAUCGUAAAUCACUCUUCUGAUCAGCGAAACGCAUCCACUGUAGUUUCCAGUGUUCAUCAUGAAUUGAACAAUUCUCUUUCACCCGAUUCACAACCAAAAGUGUUAUCUCUUAAAGAGUUUUCAAAUGCAACUUCCAUUAACGAAGACCUUGUAUCUAGAUCUCAGUCUCCUGUUUGUGGAAGGACUGGUGGAAUAAAUAAGACAAAUCCAAAUCUUGCUGUAGGAGGAACAAAGUCUUUAGGGAAUAAAGACCAAAGUAAAAGUUCACAGGUUGUGACAAAUGCACCAAAAUAUGUCUCAAGUGGGAAUAAUACUAGCUUUACUUCUAAUAUUAAUUCUGUUGUAACAGCCACUAAUGUUUCUGUAAAAACUAUAUCUAAUAGAGAUCAUUUCGUUACGAAAGGUGACCAUUUAACUCCACUUCUAGGAUCUCAGGCAAAUUCGGACGUUGACUUGAUUCGGGGACGUCAGUUGCAAAAGUUUACUACAGAAAAUCAAAGUAAAUCAAGUAGUUCGCUUUACCGCAAACAACAGGAUCAAAAUGGCACCACUGGAAUUGGAAGAAGUUCUUCACGUGAUGUUUUUCUUCGUUCCAGUGAAAUUACAUGUCCUUGUACAACAUCUGAUUCGAUGAUAAAUAUCCGUGAUCGAGUCACCUUACCCAUAAAUACAUAUAGUGCACCGGUUUCCCAGCCAAGAUUCGUUACUAUUGAACGGUUCAAUACUGAUCAGGAUUUGAAUGGUACACAGUGUUCACCUAAAUCAUAUUCUCCCUCCUCAGGCCGUGGUAUACAUUACGUCACAACAGCUACGCCUGCUUGUUCCACCCCUGGGUCUGUAAAUCUUCCAACUAGCAAUAUAUCAAAGGCUAUGAUGAAAUCAAUGAGAUCAGAACACCGCCGUCACGAAUUUCCACAUAAAAUUUGUUCUCGGUAUCCUGGAAUGCAAGUCGAACAAAAGCACUUGUUACCCCAUAAUGAAGUCACCCAUCAUAUUUCUCCACAGUCAUUUCACAGUCUUCCUCCACCUUUGCCUCCACAUGGCUCUCAAACAAAUAUUUCUCAUCCUCGUCCACUUUGGCCUCCAGUUGUACCUCCUCAUGGCAUUUCUAUAUCAGCUCCGUGUUUUUUGCCGGUUGAUUCAACGAGCCAAUUUAAUGCUAGCGUAACAUCCUCUAAUCUUCGUUUCGUUAAGCCACCUUAUUUCAAUAAUCCUGAUGGCGCUCAAGUGGAUGGAUCGAGUUAUUUUAUAGGUAGUCCACGUUCAAAUGAACAGUCUGCCUCAAAAUAUAUACCUCAGUCAUUUAGUUUGAAUUACUAUCCUUCAAUUUCGACACAAAUUGAUACACGUCCUACGCCACCGUUACCUCCACAUAAUCGAAUUUCUAAAGUUAAUACACCAAAUAAUCGAAUGCAAUCAACUGGCCCUAAAAAUUCUAACAAUUUAGUCACUCGAUGGCGAAAAGAUGGUGAUUCUAAUUCUCCUGAUGGCACUUUUGAAAUCUCAGUUUAG